UUCAAUUUUAGUGUCUAAUUGAACGUCGGUCGUGGUGGUUGAUACGAGUGAGUCGAUAUUAAAUAUCUUGAUAAAACAGCAUCCGAAGAUACGAGUUAUUAAAGUGAAAUAAAUAAAUUUUGAAAGAAAAAAAUCGGCAAUUUUGUCGAACAAUUUAGAAAGAAGAAAAGGAACUUUUGCUAUGAAUUGAUUGAUGAUAAACGAAUUUUUUUACGGAAAGCUGAUUCUAAACCCAGAAUCUUAAUCUCUGUGCAACAUAAAUCGUCUAGUGUCACACUUAUUAUUAUUCGUUUGUGAUUUUAGAGAUUUUUUUUGUGACAAUUAACCGGCUGGUAGCAAUUCCGUUAAUUGAAUUGAUAUUGUGUUCGGGAUACACUUAUUUCAAUAAUUAAUUUAUUAUAAAAACAAAAUAUCAACACUGUUCACGAGGCAUAUAUAUAUACCGAUAUAUAUAUAUAUAUAUAUAACUAUUCAACACACUAAUAAAAAAGUGUUAGAUUCCAUCAUUCAAACUGUUUUGUUUGCUCGAUUUGUUUACUAGCAGCAAACAAAGAUAAAGUUUAUUUAUUAUCCUUGUUGUUUAUUGAAUUUUGUGUGAAAUAAUAUAAAUUAUACAAAAAUGUGUUGGAAAGUAGCGGUCACAGUUCUGUCCCUGUUUGGAUUAAGUGGAGCCAGAAGUAGUGGACUUUAUUCAGAAGAAUCGCCGUCGUCAAUACGAUUGGAACAGUGUCAUGAUGGAUGCAUAAAAAAGUUUGCCACAGAUGAUAUUUCCUGUUUACAAGCAGCACAAUGUUCAAUGUGCUGGGAUGACUGUACGGUGUCAACAAGCAUUAACAAAUCGAUAUUGGCAACAUGGUCUCUUGGUGUUACGUCAAUGGUACGCGAAAAUUCGUUAGUGUCAGCGAAUAUUGCAUGGGAAUCACAGAAUUCGCCCAGUGAUUGUCUGGUGACGUGGGAAGUGUCCGGCGGUGGAUUGAUCGGCAAUCUGUUAACGCAGUCAUCGAAUGUGGAACUGUCAUUGUGGCCAGAUACAAAAUAUCGCGUCCAAGUCACUUGCAAGAAUAAGCGAACUGAAGAGAUAAGCCGUUCAUUGCCGUUAACACUUGAUACCGGUUUAGCAUUGGUAAUGGUACGUGUUCCUACCGCACAGCCAAACAAAUCUAGAGAGAUUACCGUCCUGGAUGAUGCCAAAAUUUUCACCACAUACCUCUUAGUCGACCAGCCGAUCGAGUCACCAUUCAGUUUCGAAUCGUUGUACGAUAGCAAUAAAGAAUUUGUCAUUGGCAGUUUAAUCGUUGCUUGCAUUUGCAUUGUGUUUCUACUAGCUUAUAUAAUCAGUAAACGAAAAUCGUCGGCGACAGAUAAGCUACCGCUUAUAGAUACGGAUGAUGUCAGUAUUAAUUGUGACGAAGUGAUGAAGCAAAACAGACAAAACAAACAGAAAAAUGGUUUUUAAUUCCUCUUGUGUAAAGUGUAAAUAAUUAUUAAAUUAAAUUAAAUUCUAUGGAAAUUAAUAAGUGGAUAAGUGGAGUUUAUUUAAACAAAGAAAAAAAAAUUAAAAAAUUAAAAAAAAAAAGAAACUUUUAGCUACAAUCAAAACAGAGAUAUCGCUUUUGUGUACAGUUUUUCAAUUUAAUAUUAUAAAUGGGAUUAUACAAAAAACAAAAAAACAAAACAACAUAAAAAUCUAAUACUUUUAAGAAUGUGCGAUGUUCCGUAAAGAUUUUCAUAUGCAACUUUAACAUUUAUGUCGAUACGUUGUCGGGAAAGGCAGCUUCGUUUGCUCAUGUUUGGUUUCCAUUUUGAUAUUAAAGCGACUUUGUUGCGUCCGAUUUUCCACUUUAUUUUGAUUAUAAACUGAAUAUAUUGUGUGGGCAAAAGAACGUUGCUUUGUGAAAGCUCAAAGCGCUUUUUCGUUUGUGCAGCACGGCUUUCUUUUGAAAACAUUUUCAGGGGUCAUUUAGUGGAAGAAAAUGUGAAAAACGUCGGAGGUGAACAUGAUAUUGAUGCGAUUCGUACAUUAAACACACUGAGAUUGGAGCAAGGAUUUUUGUUGAGAAUACAUUUUCCCAUGUUUUCUUGAAUUUUGUCCUUGACUUUCCCAUCUUUGCCAUAAUUUUCCAAAAAAAAAAUAUUUUUGGAGAAUUCGGAAAAAUUUACGAAAGUUCGGGGAAAAUGAAGGAAAACGUUAAGAAAAUAUGGAAAACACCCUUCCCAAAAACAGUCACUGAAUGAGACUAAAUUUAACUGCAGAUUGUUAGCCAAAUUGUUGGUUAGACUAGAGGCACGUGAUAAUGAUGGAAAUUCCUUUUGCAUCCAAAGAAAAGUCUUGAGAAAAUUCUCAAAUUCCUUGGAAAUCCUCCUUUGAGAAUUUUCUUGUAGAAAUUCAUCCUUUUGAACUCAAAAUGCCCCUCAUUUGCUUUAAUACAAUAUACUCAAAUUACAGUCCCACAUGCGCUAGAAUUCACGCUAAUUGGUCGGUAUAAAAAUCUACCUUCAUUUCGUUUAUUAUUCAUCAGAUGUGUGCAUGAGAAAACAAGAUAUGACUAACCUGUUAGGGGUUGUGUUUAUUAUGCUCCAUUUUCGUGGUGUUCCGAUGUGUGUCAAUUUUUUAAACUUUUAAAGUGUUGAAAAAUGAUCUCUUGUCUAAUAGAAAAAAACGGCAGGAAACGAAAUAUAUUUUGUGUCCAUUAAAUCGCUUAUUGAUGGUAUUGGUGUUACCCGAAUUUCAAUUGUUUACAAAAUUUAGAUCAUCAAAGCAAAAACCAAACAUGAGUGAAAAAAGGUCAUCUAUCCCGUUCUGUCGAAUAGAUUGAAUUCCAUAUGAAUGUCAACAAAUAAUAAAGAAGAAUUUCUAAAUUGAUUUGUGUAGUAGUCAACUUUAAGCGUUAACCGAAGGUUUGAAAAAAAAAUAAUAAUUAAAUGAAGAAAUGAAAGUUACAUGGACAUGAAGAACAACCAUGCGUAAAAUUCACACUAAAUGAGUGAGAUUAAAAUAACAAAAAAAAGAAAAAAACUUAAAAUUAGAUUAAUUAAUAAUAUUUAGAGGAAGAAAAAAAAAUGGGAGAAAGCAGAAAAAAGAGUAAAAUUUGCAACGCUAAAUUAUCAAAUUACAAAUGGCUGGUAAUAUGUCUGAAAAAUGUGUGUAUUUUUUCCUAUUAUUAUUAUUUUCAAUUCCAGUUUUCUCCACAUUUUUCGACGCUUUUCUUCCUUCUGCGUCUCGUUUCGGAAAUGAUAAAUUAUUCUGACAAAGUUUUAAGCAGCUUCAUUCAUUUGUUUGUUUAAUGAGCAAAAUGGCUUCGAGUUUUUUUUUGCCUUCGUCGUCUUCUUGUGCCAAUCUCUUGAAAUGAAAGCGCUGAGAUUCAAAGAAUGGAAAAAGAAAAAUUGGAAAACCGGGUACAUUCUCUCCGAACGUUCACAAAAAAAAAAUGAAAUGAGAAAUUUUUCUUUAAAAAAAAUUCUUCGUUUAUCAGUGAAGCUUGAAUAAUUGCUGUUAAUUAAAAAGUACUGGUAAAGAUAUUUUUCAAUCAAAUAAAUGUUCAGCACUGCCUGAAACUUUGGUUUCACUUCAUUGUGAUUCAACAAAUUCAGAGAACCUUUUCGCUCUGCAUAAUAUUUUUGCGGUUAGAAUACUACGGUCAGCAAAAUUUCAUGUUUUCAGUCCGAAUUUUUGUUCAAAUAAUUUUUUUUGAUCAACUUAGCAAAUGUCAGUUUUACGGUAUUGUCAGUGACGUGUGGCAUGGAUACAUUCCAACCACUAGCUGCAAGUUGUUGCGUUACUACGCUACUAGUAAAACCGAUUCCAUUUUCGAGAUCAGGAAUUCUAUUCAACGAAUUACAUACGCAGUCGAGAAAGUAGUGAUUUUCUCACCCCAGCUUAAUCUUCCGGAGCACUUGUUGUGAAAAACGCUAUGUUGACUUUGGGAAAAAAUGUAGUAACUUGAAUUUUCUCUAGUGACUUAUGACACUCGCUACGCUCUGGUCACAAACAAUACACUCGAAAUGAAAUUUUCAUCAUUUUUUUUUUACUCGGUGAACAAUCAGCUAUUUAACUAUUAAAGUGACUGAAAACAUUUGCUGACUGCAAACGAAUAUAUACAUUCUUACCAAACGUAAGGAUGCUUCAGCUGACCACAUGCCAUUUAUUUUGGUUUUCUUUGCAAUGUUGUGUAAAAUUUCUUUCGGUGUAAUUAUUACAUAAUAAGGAGAAAAACGAACACAAAAAGAAACGAGGUUUCAGUUAAUUUUUUGUUUUUAUGUGUGGAUAAAGUGGAAUAAUAAUUGACCUCAGUCAUGCAAGUAUUUAUUUAAAAAAAAAAGAAAAA